GAGGGUUCAGAGCCAGGUGUGCAGUUGGUGUGUGGUAAGUGAUGGUUAUGAUUGACGGUGAUGGUUCUCAGCAGGGCCCAUGGCGGACACCCAAUACAUCCUGCCCAAUGACAUCGGUGUGUCUAGCCUGGACUGCCGUGAGGCCUUCCGCCUGCUAUCACCCACAGAGCGCCUCUAUGCCCACUACCUGUCACGGGCUGCCUGGUAUGGAGGCCUGGCCGUGCUGCUGCAGACCUCCCCUGAGGCCCCCUACAUCUAUGCCCUGCUCAGCCGCCUCUUCCGUGCCCAGGACCCUGACCAACUGCGCCAACAUGCCCUGGCUGAGGGCCUUACUGAGGAGGAGUAUCAGGCUUUCCUGGUCUAUGCCGCCGGUGUCUACUCCAACAUGGGCAACUACAAGUCUUUUGGUGACACCAAGUUUGUUCCCAACCUGCCCAAGGAGAAGCUGGAACAGGUGAUCCUGGGGAGUAAGGCCGCCCAGCAGCACCCGGAAGAAAUCAGGAGCCUCUGGCAGACCUGCGGGGAGCUUAUGUUCUCUCUGGAGCCAAGGCUUCGGCACCUCGGCCUGGGGAAGGAGGGAAUCACCACCUAUUUCUCUGGGGAUUGUACCAUGGAAGAUGCCAAACUGGCUCAAGACUUUCUGGACUCACAGAACCUCAGUGCCUACAACACGCGGCUCUUCAAGGAGGUCAGCCAGGAAGGGAAGCCUUGCUAUGAGGUGCGGCUGGCUUCUGUGCUUGGCACAGAGCCUGCCCUGGACUCUGAAGUGACUUCCAAGCUGAAGAGCUAUGAAUUCCGGGGUAGACAUUUCCAGGUGACCCGGGGGGACUAUGCCCCCAUACUUCAGAAAGUGGUGGAGCAUCUGGAGAAAGCCAAGGCAUAUGCGGCCAACAGCCAGCAGGAGCAGAUGCUGGCCCAGUACAUGGAAAGCUUUAUCCAGGGCUCCAUCGAGGCCCACAAGAGGGGCUCCCGCUUCUGGAUCCAGGACAAAGGCCCCAUCGUGGAGAGUUACAUCGGGUUCAUCGAGAGCUACCGCGACCCCUUUGGUUCCCGAGGAGAGUUUGAAGGCUUCGUGGCCAUGGUGAACAAAGCCAUGAGUGCCAAGUUUGAGCGUCUGGUGGCAAGUGCAGAGCAGCUGCUGAAGGAGCUGCCCUGGCCCCCAGCCUUCGAGAAGGACAAGUUCCUUACCCCAGACUUCACCUCCCUGGAUGUUCUCACCUUCGCCGGCUCCGGCAUCCCUGCUGGCAUCAACAUUCCCAACUAUGAUGACCUGAGGCAGACAGAAGGCUUUAAGAAUGUGUCACUGGGGAACGUGCUGGCUGUGGCGUAUGCCACGCAGCGGGAGAAGCUCACCUUUCUGGAGGAGGAUGACAAGGACCUGUACAUCCGCUGGAAGGGGCCCUCCUUUGACGUGCAGGUGGGGCUGCAUGAGCUGCUAGGCCACGGCAGCGGCAAACUCUUCGUGCAGGAUGAGAAAGGAGUGUUCAACUUUGACCAGGAGACAGUGAUCAACCCAGAGACGGGGGAGCAGAUUCAGAGCUGGUACCGGAGCGGGGAGACAUGGGACAGCAAGUUCAGCACCAUCGCCUCCAGCUAUGAAGAGUGCCGGGCUGAGACUGUGGGCCUCUACCUCUGCCUCAACCCCCAAGUGCUGGAGAUCUUUGGCUUCGAGGGGGAAGAUGCAGAAGAUGUCAUCUACGUGAACUGGCUCAACAUGGUUCGGGCUGGGUUGCUUGCUCUAGAGUUCUACACCCCUGAGGCCUCCAGCUGGCGACAGGCCCACAUGCAGGCCCGGUUUGUGAUCCUGAGGGUCUUGCUGGAGGCUGGCGAGGGACUCGUUACUGUCACUCCCACUGCAGGCUCAGAUGGGCGCCCGGAUGCCCGGGUCCACCUCGACCGCAGCAAAAUCCGUUCUGUGGGCAGGCCCGCCCUGGAGCGGUUCCUGCGGAGACUCCAGGUGCUGAAGUCCACAGGGGAUGUGGCCGGAGGGCGGGCCCUGUACGAGGGGUACGCAGCAGUCACUGAUGCGCCCCCCGAGUGCUUCCUCACCCUCAGGGACACGGUGCUGCUGCGCAAGGAAUCUCGGAAGCUCAUCGUUCAGCCCAACACUCGCCUCGAAGGCUCAGAAGUGCAGCUUCUUGAGUAUGAAGCCUCUGCUGCCGGCCUCAUCCAAUCCUUUUCCGAGCGCUUCCCAGAGGAUGGGCCGGAGUUGGAGGAGAUCCUCACCCAGCUGGCCACAGCUGAUGCCCGAUUCUGGAAGGGCCCCAAUGAGGUCCCAGCUGGCCAGGCCUGAGGAAAAUUUGUGUGGCCUCUCCCCCCACUCCAUCAAACCAAAACUACAAGUCACCCUCCAUUUGUGUGUAUAUUUAGGGGCUAGGGGAGGGGCAGGAGCUCAGACUUUGGUGCUACCUCAGCUGAGGGUGGUGACACUAACCCCUUAUAUUUGUCAGCACUUUCCAAUUUACCAAGUGCUUCCCCUCUGUUAUCUCAUUUGCUCUGUACUGCCAUCUAUAGAGUGAGCAAGGUAGGACCCCUUAUCCUGUUUCCCAGAUGAGGAAGUGGCAUUUCUGAGAAGUGACUAGUGGUAUGUUAUCCUACAGGUGGUAUGUGACAGAGUCAGGGCUCAAAACGUUCUCACCAAACCCAAUGCUCUUCAUGUGCUACUUUUACAACCAGGAAAAUAAACAUUAGAAAAAACCACU